AUUGGCUCGGGUUGCCGCUUUUUCUCCUCGCGUUGUAUGUGCUGAUGACCAGUUUUUAUUCGUCAACCAUUCUGCACAUCAUUGGUUCGGUAUUGUGUGGUGUUCUUAUGGUUGCUGCAAUAUGUGCCAUUGGUUUACAAAGCUCUGUAUGGUACAUUGCACUUGAUCUCGCUAAUAUAGUGAACAGUGCUCAAUGUACGGACGCUUACAAUGCGGUUGGUUCCAAUCCACGCUGCAACUGCUAUCGACAACUCCACUACAGCGAUACUGACGAUCUGGAUGAUGACGAAACACUGCUCAGUCUUAUGUCGUGUUCAGAAACAAAGCAUUUCCCGGCAAUAGUGAGCGCAAUGGCCAUCCUAUCAGCCAUUGCUUAUCUCGUAUGUCAGGCGACAUGCUUUGUGUAUGCUGCUAAAUUAUGGGGAUCUUUGAAUACGGCUAAAGACGAUGAGAACAUUUUUCACGAGACCACAAGUCAACAGGUUUUGCUCAAUGAGCAUCCAAUAUAAUGUAUCGUUUAUUAAUGUAUUUGCACUACCCUAGCGUCAUGCACAAGGCUUUGAAAUAUCCUGCUUGCAAUAUCUUUCUAUGAUUGUAGAGACCGUACCAAAAUAUAACCACGACCAGAAUUAUUGUAACUGGACAAUUUAAUGUUAUUCUUCAUUACCUCAUUAUGUAUAAACUUUAUCGUUUGGCAUGGUAAGAGUUGUAGCUAUAUACCAACCGUGUAAAGAAACAUAUAUUGAGUGUCUUAAACUCAAUAC